UAUACUUACUAAUUUACUCCCUACUUCCCUUCAUCCCUCUCAUGUCGCGGAAGUAUCUUCUCAUCAAUUGAACGCCAUCCGCUGUUCGUUGGGGAAUUCCCGUAACCAUGACUGUCAAGAAAAGACAUGCGUCGACCCAUUCGAGCAUCUACAACAGGCUGGUGACUGUGGCUGUGGCCUUUGGGUCUAUGACCUAUGGCUACUGCUCGGCCAUUAUUGGAAGUACCAUUGGUCAGCCUGGUUGGUACACGUACUUUGAUCUUCCGAUGCAAGGAGAGCCCGGCUAUGGGGGGAAGACGACAGACGCCAUUGCCACCGCCAACGGCCUCUACAGUGCUGGCGGAGCCGUCGGAAGUCUGUUUAUCAUGUGGUCGGCUACAUCUCUUGGUCGCAAACGGAGCAUCCAGUUGGGAGCUAUACUAGCCAUCAUCGGCGGUGCGCUGCAAGGCGGCGCCGCAGCUUUGGCCAUGUUCCACGUCGGUCGAGUCAUCUCAGGUCUUGGGAUCGGAAUCCUGGUCACCGCCUGCCCCAUGUAUCUUUCGGAGCUUGCGCCUCCUGAGAACCGUGGCUGGCUCGUCGGACACCAUGCCAUUUUCCUCGUGUUUGGCUACAUGCUCUCCGGCUGGCUGGGCUACGCUUGCUACUUUGCAACGUCCAAGAACGAAUCCUUCGCCUGGCGGUUCCCUCUCUGCGUCCAGACCCUGCCACCGCUCGUCCUGAUGGUCACGUCGAUAUGGAUCCCCCGGUCACCGAGAUGGCUGCUCCAGCAGGGCAAGAUCGAAGAAGCCUGGACCGUGAUCCGAGCACUGCGCAAGUCCCCCGACGACCCCGACGACCUUGUCGCAAAGGAGGAGCUCUACCAGACCAAAGAACAGCUUGCGCUUGACGCUGCCAAACUGAAGACCAUCGGCUAUGGGCCCUGGAUGGCCUGUAUCAAGAAGAAGAGCUACCGCAAGAGGAUGAUCAUUGGAUUUCUGACUCAAUGGGGUGCCGAAUUCGCCGGACCGCUUGUCAUUAACAACUACUCAGUCAUUUUGUACACCAACCUCGGCCAAACAGGCUCGAUGCCUCUCCUCCUAUCCGCUCUCUGGCUCACAACGGCUGGCCUCCUUUACAACCCCGGCGGCGCCUGGCUGCACGACAAAGUCAACUCCCGCCGUCUAAUGUACAUGAUCGGCAUAGCCGGCUGCCUCGUGACGACGUCGUGCCUGUGCGCCAUGAUCGCCAGCUACGCGGGGACCACCAACCACGCGGGCAACGCGGCGGGCGUGUUUUUCGUCUUCUUCUACCUCACCUUCCAAGGCACCUUCUGCGACACCACCAUGUAUCUGUAUGUCAGCGAGAUUUUCCCCACCGAGAUCCGCCCCAUCGGCAUGGGUUUCAGCCUGUUCGGCCAGUUCGCCGCGACCAUCAUCCUGUUGCAGACGGCGCCCAUCGGCAUCAACAACGUCGGCUGGAAGUACUAUCUUGUCAUCGUGUGUUGGUGCAUCGUCUACCUCCCCAUGAUCUACUUCUUCUGGCCCGAGACCGCGCGCCUGAGUCUCGAAGAGAUCUCGGCCAAAUUCGGCGACGACGUCGCCGUCCAUGUCAACGACGUGAGCGAGGAGCAGCGCCGCGAACUCGACGAGUUCCUCAAGACUAGGGACAUUGUGCACGCCGACGACCAACAAGCAAUGGCGGCUUCGCAGCAACAACAACAGCAGCUGCUGCAAUCCACCGAGAUCAAUGAGAAGGGUUCCAAGGUCUAACCUACAUACUAGUAGUAUACUAGUAGUAAAUGAAUGGGCGAGAUCCGCAAAAAUUCAAAAGUCAAGGGACUGUUAUGCAGGGCUGGGCAGUCUGGAUCUUGUAAGAGGUUCCGUUCGAGGGCCUGCACCUUCUCAGAAAGGUAUUGAGAUGGGCUUAACCAUUUCCAUGGAUCGGGGUGCUAGCAGUAGUUGUGAGAAGGCGCAAAAGGCGCGGAAGAAAAGCUAGGAUUCAAUUGUCGGUCGUAUAUCAUGUCCCAUCAAGAUAUCAAGACCAAAUCGAGAUGACGAGGAAGAUAUAUAUCUAAUUGUAUGUAUACUAAAAGUGC